AAAAAAGAUCUUACAAAGAAUGGGGAAAUACGCCGAGCUAUUGGAUGCAGGCGUGAGAAUCGCCGCGAGGUUUCAUUCUCACUGUCCUCAGACAGCGCGUCUCUAUUACCAUCCUCCUUCCGACAACCACCACCAUCACGGCGUCACCGAUUUACUCGGAGGUGGGGUUUUCAAUGGGUCGGGUCAAGAUUCGACUGUGUUGGUAGGUGGUGGGUUAGGAUCUGGAACUGUUGCUAGUUGCGGUCUCAAGUCUUCUCAAGUGUACGAAGACGCAAGAGAUCUUUUGCUAUUUUCUGUUGUUUGAUUUUGAUUGUUGUUUUCUCCUAAAUUUUUUUUUAAAAAUAUACUUUUUGGCAUAAAAAUACAGUAAUAUUAUAAUUUUAUGUUGCUUUAUUGAUUGUGACAACUGAACUGUUCUUUACGUGAUACAAAUAAAAAUCUCUAGAGUUGACAAACAAAAAAAUCUCUGGAUUUCUGAUCAAACUAGGUUCAGGACGUUACGUGAGGC